CCUUUUUCUUACAAACCCUAAAUUUCAUAAAUCACUCUGUAGAUUCUGUGAACUAGUGUUGUAGUUUUUCUCUGUAAUAGUUGAAUUUUUUUUUUUAAUUUUUGUUUUUGAAAAAAAAAAGUUUUGAUUUUUGAAGCUUUUUGCUUUGUUUGCAAUGGUGAAGGUUUAAGCUACAGUGUUACGUUUUUUUUUCGGAUUUUAUCUUGAAAAUCGAAGAAUCUGCAUCUGGGUUUCAUCAAAUUUGUAAAAAGUUUGUGUUUUUGAAGCAUUUAGAAAUUUUACUGAGCUCUAAUUUCAUUGUGUUGUUUCUGGGUAUCUUAGUUUUGCAUUCAAGUAAAGUGUUUGUUGUGAAGAAAGUUGUAAAUUUUUGAAAUUUGAGAUUUUGGGUUGUGUUAAAAUUUCUCUGAUUCUGUAAGAAAUGGAAGAAAGAGAGAUUUUUGGUUCUGGGCAUGGUGUGAAUGUUAAUCAGGUCCCACAGGGGUUCAACCUGGGUCAAAAUCAGAAUUCGUUGAGUUUUUCUGGGCCCACUGGUGAGGCUCCGGCUACUGUUCCGGUGAGUGCACCGGUUGGUGGUGGUAUGGAGGUGAAGAAGAAGAGGGGUAGGCCUAGGAAGACUGAAUCUGGAAGUAAACCGGCGCUGUCUCCGAUGCCGAUUUCGGCGUCGAUUCCGUUGACUGGAGAUUUCUCUGGGUGGAAAAGUGGUGGAGGGAAGCCUUUUGAAUCAAUCAAGAAGCCUCUGAAGUUAAAUGAUUUUGAUGAAGAUGAUAGAACAGCUCCACCUAGUUCCAAUUUCAAAACUCAUGUGCUUACCGUAAAUUCCGGAGAGGAUCUCUCUAUGAAAAUAAUGUCUCUUUCUCAACAAGAGAAUCAUACUAUAUCUAUUCUCACGGCAACUGGCACAAUUUCGAAUGUCACACUUCGCCAGUCGGAUGCUUGUGGAGGUACUUCGACAUAUGAGGGAGUUUUUGAGAUUCUUUCCUUGAGCGGAUCAUUUGUGCCAACCGAGAAUGGAUUGACAAAGAGCAGAGCUGGAAGAAUGAGUGUCUCUCUGGCAGGUCCAAAUGGCCGUGUUUUCGGGGGCGCGCUCGCUGGUUUGCUGGUAGCUGCUGGUUCUGUGCAGGUUGUGGUUGCGAGUUUCCUUCCGGAUCAUCAGAAACCGAAGAAGCAACGUAUCGAUCAUAUGUCACCAACCGCCCCUCCUACAUCAACUCAUAUUAACAAUCAUGCAUCUGAUGAAUUGAAAACCGAUCUCGGUGGAAUGAAGCCUAUCAUGUCACCGGCCGGCUUUAACUUCGCUACAUUCGGUAAUGGCCAGGGCUCUGGCAACUCAUCAUCAUCUGGCGAUGAUGACGAGCAUGUCCAACCCUAGUCAUUCCGAAGACGAAGUAUGUGUUUGAUUUUGACUAUAUAAGAAAUUGUUAUAUUAUGGACAAGUAUAAGUAUUUGUUAAAUGUAGUUCUAAUAUUUAUGUAGCAAUUAGAUUUAGGAUACAUGUUGAUGUUAUGUAUGCUAAGAAUGUUAAAUUUGAGUGCAAGUGGAAUGUUUCUUAUAUGUAACCUAACAAUUUAUAUUGUAUGUUGUGAAAAUUUAAAUUAGUUUUUGGUUUUA